AUGGCGCUCGUGAUGCCCGAAGGAGCCGCAGGUAACACUGCUCCUACCACGCUGGCUUCAGUCGCGACCGUUGGCAGUCAGAUCAAAGUCGAAGACUCUUGGAGACAGUACUACAACAGCGGUGGCGCAGAGAAUCCGCUCAGUGCUGCUGCCACAGCGAUGAUCAAUAUCCAUGAGGAGCAGGCGACGGCUCUGAUGUACGAAAGUUACGCCUUCAAAUCCCACCAGAUCGGGCAGCCCAACGUUGCGUCCGCGGCCCUACCAGAACUUUGGAGCAGCCAGGGAUCAGCGUCCCCGAAAGCCGCGGACUCUCCACACGAAACGGACGUUUUUCUGAACGACAUCAAAAACGAUCCCGGCUCACCCGUAACAGGACAAACCCAAACGACGCAAAACAACCUCUCGGCCGACAGCACGAUUUCGAUUGAGACGAAAGAGGUCGCUCUGGAUGGGGUUCCGAUAUCGGUGUUGGUUCAGGUCAAGCAAGAACCUACCCAAAGUCCCGGGAACCCGAACGCGUCUCAAUCCACAGUCUCGACCCAGGUCGAGCCCAAGUCCCCCUACAGCCCCGUGUACGCGACUGUGCAACAGGCUCAGCCCUAUAGCGAUCUCUUUUCGGCUCUUUCGGCGGGAUCGGGUCAGGUCUUUGUCUCGAGUGUGCAGUCUAAUGAAGGGUCAAGCCCUCGACCGGUCUACACGAACGGUGUUACCGUCACGGGUACAGCUUCAACCGUACAGAGCACCGUCACGACAACCGGAGAUUUCUACAGGGACUACUAUCAGAACAACGGUGACUUCGCCGUGCGGAACUCGAACACGCCUCAGCAACAACAGACUCUAACCGUAUUUCCGUCCGAUGUCCUAUCGAAUCCCGUGAGCACCACGACCUUACCGACGGCGGAUCCUCUGUUCGUUGAAAGGUACAUCCGACCGAGCUCGCAAACGCAAACACAACCGUACAAGGGGCUCAAUGGCCUCACGGUGGAUCUACCGUCGCCGGAUUCCGGCAUCGGGGAGACGAUGACACCCAGAGAACCCACAGGACUUCCCCAGAUCUUCGACUACUCGGAUAUCCCAAAUUCGACGACAACACUCGUCACAUCACCCGCCAGCUCCGUGACAGGCCAGGGAGAGCUUGUCAGCAACUCGCGAACAGGCCAGAGAUGCCGAUCAUGGCACGAGUACGGGAGGUCGAACGAAUCAGACAAGAUCCUCAUACCAAAAAUCCAUUCGGACGUAGGCUUCAAGUAUUACCUUGAGUCACCGAUCUCCACGUCAGUCCGGAAGGAAGAUGACAGAAUCACGUACAUUAACAAGGGCCAGUUCUACGGAGUCACUCUGGAAUACGCUCCCGAUCCGGAUCGACCGCUGAAGAAUACCCCGGUCAAAAGUCUUGUUAUGCUCGUCUUCAGAGAAGAGAAGAGCGCUGAAGAUGAAAUCAAGGCAUGGCAAUUUUGGCACUCACGUCAGCACUCGGCAAAGCAACGAAUCCUCGAUGCCGAUGUCAAGAACUCGUCGGGAAUCGUCGGGCCCAUUGAAGAAAUCACACACAAUGGAAUAGCUUUCUACUGGAACCCCUUGGAAGGCCCCGCAAAGAUCAACGUGGCUGUGCAGUGCUUGUCGACGGAUUUUAGCAAUCAGAAGGGUGUGAAAGGCCUUCCGUUGCAUAUCCAGGUCGACACUUAUGAUGACUACUGCGAAGGAUCUCAACCCGUUCAUAGAGGGUACUCGCAGAUAAAAGUGUUCUGCGAUAAAGGCGCGGAGCGUAAAACUCGUGACGAAGAACGCCGGUCGCAGAAACGAAAACUCACCGCUACUCAAAAUGGUCGAAAGAAAAUCGAGGAGAUGUACCACACCACAUGUGACCGUACGGAAUUCUACUCAAUGGCCGAGUUAUCGAAGCCCCCGGUGCUAUUUACACCCACGGAAGAAACUGAGAAAUUGAUCCAGCAAUCCCAACAGGGUAACAAUGUGGACCUGAAUUUCUACACAAGCGGCUCAAUAGACGAUCCGAACUCGCAAGGGAUGGACGCUUGCUCACGACCUGGAUCCACGAGUGAUUCGCUUCACGACUGGUCAGGGAUCUACACUCAGAACAGGGAACGCGAGCUCCUGAGUACCACUGCAGCACCCGAAGUCGUUUCUACGCCACCACCGCAGAAAAAACUGAAGGCCUUUCCGACCGAUAGAGUUCUCCUGUACGUCCGCCAGGAGAAAGAGCCAGUAUUCCAGGCUCUGCAUGUCGUCCCUCCCAGUCUCUCAGGGCUCGUGAAGGCGCUCGAAAACAAGUACAAAGUACCGGCAAAUAAGAUCAAGAGUUUGUACAAACAAUGCAAAAAAGGGGUCACCGUCGAAAUGGACGACGAUGUUGUCAAGCAUUAUUGCAACGAGGACACGUUCCAAAUGAGCGUCCUGAAGGACCAAGACGACGACUCGCUGAUGGUCACACUCUGCGAAAUGUGA